AUGGACGCACUUUACUUUAAAGCCGAGCGCCUCCGACUGCUAUGGAACGAGUAUCGUUUCGCCAAUGAAGGUGUCGACAGGGAUUACGGAGAUCAGUCAGAGUGGGCACGAAAUAAACUACAGAAUAUCCUAACAGAAUUUGACAAACUUAUCCAAGAACAAAUUCUUUGGAAAUCCACGUUAUCUGCUGAUAUAGAGGAUCUGUUGGUUGAAAUAGAAGAGUAUUGUCAAUUAUUUGGCCGAAACGUCGACACGAUAAUACCGCACGCUGCUUCAAUAAAUUACGAGUUAAAUGAUAUCACGCGAGACAGACUGAAGGCCAUUCGAGAUGCAUUACGGGAGGAAGUCAACACGACGCGGGAUAAUGUUAACAAUUGGAUAGCUCAUCUUGCAUCUUUUGUUAAAGAGCUGGAGGGCGAGUAUCAAGUUCCACCGGAGGAGACUUUUGUGAACGAUCUGAGCGCUUCGGUCGUUCAACCGGUGUGGUUCAAAUAUGACGAAAUGGUUCGCAUUGUGGCACCACUGCGCGAAUCGUUUGAGGAGUUUGCAAUCCAACUUCAUCACUAUUGGACCAUGCUCAAUUAUACCCCCCAGGAUAAGACCGAUGAGGCAUUAUUCGAAUUAUUCGCUGAUAGGACCAAUCCCAAAGAACUCUAUGAGACCUUACAAGAAACUCUGAAAACCAGAAUGAUGAAUAAUGACAGCGAGAGGGGUGAAUCGGAGCUAGAACGACAAAUAAGAGAGUUUGGAUCACGUGAAUACAUAUAUUACAAGGUAGAACUGCCGUCAGGAUUAAGAUUGAAUAAAGAACAAUUGGAAAUUCUCAAGAACAAGAUGGAGACGUUUGAGAAAGAUUAUGUAGUUCGUAAGGGUAAACUUGACAUGCUAAAGAAGGGCAUCAUUAAUCUUUAUAACGAAUUAAAUGUACCGGAAGAAGAAAGAGUAGAGUUAAUCGAUUCCCUUGACGAGGAAUACCUGGAGCAGUUGACCCUAGAGUUCGAGCGUCUUCGAGAAAUAAUGCGUGUCAUCAUCCAAAAGGCUAUCGAAGAGUAUACCGUUCAACUGGGUGAACUCUGGGAUAAAUGUUUGGUGCCACAAUACGAGCGCGAAGCGUUCUUUGAAAACCUGCGACAACUUGAAUCUUCUGAAGAAGUAUAUGAGUUGCUAGCGCAAGAGAUCGCUCGCCUCCAAGAACUUUACUUCAAAUGUGCCAAGAUCUACAAAUGGAUGUUGGAUAGACGUGCGUUGAUCGAGAAAAUGAUCGACUUCGAGAAAAAAGCUUCAGAUCCGAAGCGACUCUUCCAAAGUUCCUUCCGACUGCUUGAAGAAGAAAAAUGGAGAAAGUCGUGUUGGCCAAAUCUAGUGAGAAUCGAAGAACAGUUGAUUAAUGCCUGUGUAUCAUACGAAGAGGCCGAGAGGAAACCGUUCAUGCACGAGAGUAAACGUUACUUAGACACCCUGUAUAUGCGCGAGGGCUCCAAUGGAUUCUCGAUAACCGUUUAUGAUGCCGCCAAGGGAUCCAAAGAUCAAAAACCCGCCAAGAGCAACAAAAAUUCAACACAAUCAUCACCUAAACGACAGGAUAGUAGGUCAAGUUCUAAAGUUUCAGCCAGCAGACCAGUUUCGCCCACUUUUUCGGUGAACGGCGAUUAUUCGUCUCGUAGGAAUAGUCAACUGUAUGUACCGAAGCACACACCAAGUCGACCGGUAUCACCAAGUUCUCUUAGCGGCGGGUUGAGUUCUCGUAGGAAUAGUCAAGCUCCAAGGCUUGCUACCAGUCGAUCCGUGUCACCCUCUGGCGGUUAUUCGAGAAGAAACCUCGCAUCACCUGCGCGAUCCCUUGCCUCAUCUCGCGCAGUUUCGCCCGUGCGCUCGACUUCACCAACACCUAAUAGACGUAAUAGCAUGUACGUGACGAGUCCCCUGGAUUCUAAUUCGUCAUCAAAUACUUCAGCUUCACGGCGGUCGUCACUAUAUGUGAGAGGCACGGACGAAGCGGACGUUAAAAGAGGUCACAAGAUAAACAAAUCGAACGACGACAAAGUUGGAAUUUCUGUCACGAGCACUCAGCGUAGCAACAGUGUUUCCAGUAAUUCGAGCGAAUCCUCAUCGGUAUCAUCGGUCGCCACGCCUACCACGCCCGAACCAUCCUCGUAUGUGGUCAACGGGCGACUGGGUGUUCCCACAGCCUCAUCAAAGAAUAAAACUCAAUCGGAAGGAAUGGAAUCAACGGACAAAGACAAGAGAAUCAAGAACUCACCAGCUAAGAUACCGACGAGGGCAUCUACGCUUAAUGGGUCAUCAUCAGCUACUCCAUCGACAAGACGAACGAACACUGCUCCACCGAAGGCACGACCGAGAAGUGUUAUCGGUGGUCUUACCUCCGAGCCUUCUGCCAUGCUGAAGAAGCAAACCACGAAGAGGAUGUCGAUGAUAGUCGAUAGUGGCCACUAG